CUGAACUGGCAAGAUGUCGAGACUUGGAAUAACAUUAUUUCUGCUACUGCAAGUGCUCAUCAGUUCUGGCAAACCCCUGCCGGCAGGUGUCUAUGAUCCCGAGGAGUCUGCUGGCUUUGCGGAAGGUGAUAUGGUGUUGACAGAGGAUCAGGAGAGGAUGCUGGAGCAGGGUGUUCCCAAAACACGCAAUGGCCUAAUUGAUACUACAAAGCAGUGGCCAAAUAAUAUGAUUGUCUACCGGAUAUCGGAUGACUUUGAUAAUGUCCAUAAGAAUGCCAUCAAGGCGGGCAUCCAGACGCUGGAGGAGCAUACCUGCAUCCGGUUUCGAGAGGCCACCGCAGAGGAUACUUACUAUUUGACAGUUACGGCCAAGGAAGGUGGUUGCUACACGGCUGUGGGUUAUCAGGGAAAACCACAGGAAAUGAAUCUGGAGAUAUAUCCCAUAGGAGAGGGUUGCUUUCGACCCGGAACUAUACUCCAUGAGUUUAUGCACGCCAUGGGUUUCUAUCACCAGCAGAGCUCGGCUAUUCGCGAUGACUACAUAGAGGUGCACUAUGACAAUAUAGUGCCUGGAAAGGAGUUUAAUUUCCAGAAAUACGCCGAUACUGUGGUCACCGAUUUCGAAGUGGGCUAUGACUACGACAGUUGCCUUCACUAUCGGCCGGGAGCCUUCUCCACCAACGGCAAGGAUACCAUAACGCCACUGGAUUCAUCCGCCAACAUCGGGCAGAGACUGGGUCUCAGCUCUAAGGAUAUUGACAAGAUCAACAUCAUGUACAAGUGCCCCAUUCUGCUGUGAUCCGGAAUCGGGUGAACUGUGUGCCUAGUCAAAUGUGAUAUAUACAUACUUAAUACAUCGUGUCCGCCGACUGAGGCGAUUAGAUCGUUUUUAUUGAUCUACGCUAUCAUUGUCAUUGGUCGGACAGUACUAUUUUUAACAAAAUCGUAAAUUAAAGCUAAAUACCCCUUCAA